AUGAAAAUUCAAAUUCCAAAAGAUGAUAAUUUUAUAUUAAUGUUAGACAAGAUAUGUGAAGAAGAAAAAUUUUUUAUUCAUAUUUUAUCAACAUGUGAUAAUAAAAAUUUAUUAGAUCAUUUAUUUCCUUUUGUUGAUUGGAUAUGGUUAAAGUCAGAUAUAAUUGCAUGGGCCCCUGUACUAAAUAGAUUUGAUGAUUUGUUGCAUAAAUAUAUAAUACAUAAUAAAUUAAAUAAAGAAGAAAAAAAUAUUAAAGAUGUUUGUAAGUUAAAUGAAAAUUCGUUAAAAAAAGAUUGUGAAACUGAUAAUAAUAAUAAUAAUAAUAAUAAUAAUAAUAAUAUAAAAAAAAUAGAUAAUGAUGAUCAUAAUAAUAGUAAUGAUAAUAAUAAUGAUAAAAAAUAUGAUAUCAAAGAAAAUAGUGAUGAUUCAUUUAUACCAUCGGAUUUAUUAAUUGAAGAAAUAUUGAGAUUUACCUAUUAUAUAUUAGACAACUGUCUAAGUAAAUCUAAAUAUAAUUCUUUAGAUCAUUUAUUAGUACUCCUUUGGAGUUUCAAUCCCAAAAUAUCAAUUUUAUCUGCACAAAUUUUAAAUAUAUAUUAUUUAUUUAUUAAGAAAACAAAAAAAAAUGAAAAUAAAAUAAACGAAAUUGUAAAUUUUCUAUCGUCACUUAUUAAUAUACCUGUGCCUAAUUAUCUUCAUCCAUAUAUCAAUAAUGAUAUAAGUAGAAUAAACGAUAAUAAUUACAUUUCUGGUUUAGUAUUAUAUUAUUUGCAUGAUACAUCUGAUAAAAAAUAUAUGAAUAAUAUUUAUUAUAAAAUUGAAAAUAAACACUUUCUUGAUUUAAUUGAUUAUAAUUUAGAUUUAAACAAAAUAUAUCUUAAUAUUGAUGAUAAUGAAAUACCAUUUACUUCAAUUUUUCCAAAACAAGUUAAAUAUAAUGAAGCGAAAGAAGUUCUACAAAAUGCUUUUGAUACAAUUGUGAAAAAAUAUAAUAUUUAUGAAAAAAAAUUGUUUGAUUUAAGACAUAAAUUAAGAAUCUAUUUAGGAUUAGUAUGCCCUAAAUAUAGAAAAAAAUUAUUUAAUUUGAGAUACUUAAUUAUAUCCGGUUCUCUAUCAAUUAAUUCAAUAUUAUAUCCACAAAUUAUUGCUAGUAAUAGUAUAUUUUUACAAGAACUUUUAUAUUUUUUAAAAUAUCAUAAAUAUAUUCAUUUUAAUACUUUACAUAUAAUAUUCGACCUAUUAACAACAGCAAUAGAAUCACAUUUGCAUUAUAAACUUGUUUCAGAUAUAUUAGGUUUACGCUUACAUAGUGGAUUAUUCAUUAGCAUUUUUAAAUAUUAUUUAAAUUAUUUUUUAUCCUCGUAUUCUAUACAAAAAGAUAUAUGUCCAUUACAUAUAAUGAAUGAAUAUAAAGAGGAAAUCUAUAGUAUAAAUUAUAUUAAUGCUCAUUAUAUUAAAACUCAUUUAAAUGAAAGUAGUUCUCUUACUAAUAAUAAUAAUGUAAAUUAUAAAUGUAACAAUAACAAUAUUAUUAAUAGUAACAAUAAUGAUAUUUUAGCUGAAGAUAGUCAACUCAACUCAUUGAAUGAAGCCCCACAAAAUGUAAAUAGUAGAGGUAACAAUAUAGACAAUAUUUCAUAUGUAUCACAAGUUGUUAAUAAUAAUCAAAUUGAUUCCAUUGAACAAAAUGAUACAUCUUUUAAUAAUUCAUAUAUACAAAAUACAUUACCAUUGCCUCAUAACGAAGUUAAUCAAGCUAAUUUAGGAAGUCAUUCGAAUGAAAAUAAUUUAGUUAUUCCCUCUAAUUUAAUAAAUGAGAAAACUCCUAUGUCUUCUACUAAUUUAAUAUCUAUAGAAAAUAAUGGAAAUAAUCAAAAUUUUAAUUUAAAUAUUACUAAUACUUUUGCAUCAAAUUUAUCUAAUGAUGAUGGUACAAUAAGAAAUAAUGUAUCAUAUCCUAUAAAUAAUAGAGAAAAUGAAAAUGAACAAAUAAAUAUUAGUCAGGUAAAUAUAAGAGAUAAUUCAUAUAAUUUAAACAAUCAUGAACAAAAUUAUCAAAACAAUAAUAAUGAUAAUAUAAAUAAUACUAAUAAUGUUGAUAUAAUAAAUAAUAUUAAUAAUAUAAAUAAUGUUAAUACAACAAGCAAUACAAAUAAUGCUAGUAAUGAUCAAUCAUUAAAUGUUUUUGAUAAUAUUCAUAAUGAAGGUAAUAUGAAUAUUGCUGAUAAUAUCAAUAUUUUUGAUUAUAUGAAUAAUACAGACGAUAUAAAUAAUGAAGAUAAUAUUAACAUUUUUGAUUAUAUAAAUAAUGCUAAUGAUAUUAAUAUUCGUAAUAAUAAUAUGAUUAACAGUGAAGAAAAUGAAAGAGUGGAAAAUAAAGGUGAAAUAAAUUAUGAUAAUUACAUCAGUGAAGAAGUAAUUAUAAAUAAUAUUAAAAAUUGUAAGAAAAAUAGUGAAAAUGAAUUUAAAAAAAUGACAAAAAAAUAUUUUAAAGAUUUUAGAAAAAAAAAAAAAAAAAUAUCUAUGAUGCUGCAGUUAUUAACCUUAUAUCACACAUGCAUAAUGGAACCUUGUCCUAUUUUAACUAUAGCUCAACAAAAUACUUUGAAAAAUUUUCCUUUUUAUCUAUUGGAUAGUUAUACACUUAAUUUACCAAUAGUUCAUUUAUUAUUAAGAAUAAUGGAAACAUUACUUGACUUUACUCCUAAUUCAUAUUUUACAGUAAAAGAUGAAGAGGAAUUAUAUAAAAUAUUAUUAUCUCGCUUUCAAUAUGAAAUUUUUAUGAUGUCAGAUAGUUUUUAUUAUAUGAAUAGAAAUGAUUUUUUGAAAUAUUAUUUUGAGCCAUUUAAUUAUAGUGAUUAUGAUGAACAUUUUAUUGAAUCAAAAGAAGAUAUGGAGUUAUAUUUAAAAAAACGCAAGAAUAUUAUUAAUUCAAUUAAUGCUUCUGUACAGAAUGGAAAUAUAAAUGGAUGUAAUUACACAGAAAUGAAAUCCACUAAUAAUAAUAUAAACGAUGACAAUAUAAUUGUAAAUAGAAAUAACAUAAGAAAUAAUGAUGUGGAUGCAAAUAAAAACAUAAACGAAGAGAAAAAAAUUGUUCAAGAUUACAAUGAGAACACUAUAUUUUCUGCAAAUGAUACAAACUUAAUAAAACUUUUUAAUAAAUAUGAUAUGAACGCAGAGGUUACGGAUGAUAUUCUUUUGAAUAGAUUCUCAUUUUGGUUAAAAUUACAUAUUUAUGAAGAGAGAGUAAAAAUAAUUAAGAUGAUUUUAAAAGCCUUAAACUUAGCCUUGAAAGGUUAUUCACCAACCGAUACCUUACUUGAUAUAUUCACGAAUAAUUAUAUUUCUGUUAAAAUAAUUAAGUAUAUUUUAAAAAAUCCCCAUAAAUUUAGUUUAUGCUUAUAUGGUUAUAUUCUAGGUUUUAUAUAUGAACACAUAUAUGAAGAUCCAACUAUUUUGUCUACAUUAUUAAAAGAAGGAAUUUUAAAUAUUAUGUUGCAUAGUAUUGUAGAAGAAAAUUUAAAGGAUGAAACAGUUUUAAUAUAUGUUCCAUCAUUAUUAUCUUUAAUGUUUAUUCAUAGCAUUGGAAAAUCUGCUAUGAAAAAAUUAAAUUAUACACCAAUAUAUAACUUAUUUCAUUUUGUAAUAAAAACAGACUAUUUCUUUUUUGAUAGAUUUGGAGAUAUUGCAGUAUCUAUAGGUAAUAUUAUUAACGAGUUAGAAAACUACGGGUUUGUGAUGAAAGAUUUCUUAACAUUCCAUGUAAAGUUAUUGAAAAGAUUAUAUGUGGAAGGAUUAAAUUUAGGAUAUUGGAAAUGCUUAGAUUAUAAUUAUGUAGAAAAACAUGUAGAAUUAUCUAUUAAAAAAGUACAUGAUAUACAGUUAAAAGAUUUAAAUAUAGAUAGAUAUAAAUAUAGGAGAGAUAAAUUUUUUUUAGAUAGAUUAUCUAUUAUUUGUAGAUGUAUUUUAUCAUAUAUGAAAAGUUCAUGGAUAAAGACAUUUAUUAAGUUAAAUGGUUUAAAAUUUUUAAUGGCAUUUGCUAACUUAAUAAGUUUACCACCAAAUUAUGUUCAUAUUUUCGAAUAUCACCCAAUUUAUACCUUUAUUAUGAAAAUAUAUUUAUAUUCGUCCUUUAAGAAUAUAUAUAAUCAAUUUUUAUUUCCUCUUUAUAAUUAUAGUAAUUUUAUAUUAUAUAUACAAUAUAUAAAUUUAAUACUAAAAAACACCUUUUAUUUUGACUUAAGUGAAAAUAUAAUAAUAGCGAAAAAGUCAGUAAUUCUAAAAAAUAAGAGAAGUAAUAAUAAAUAUAUAAAUACAGAUUUUUUUGCGGGACCAUUUAUUGAUCGUAAUAAGUUGCUCUUGUGCAAUAUAACGCAAUUAUUUAAUAUUUUAUAUUUUUUGAUUUCUGCCUAUUCUGAUGCAAAAGGGUUAUAUGGAAAUGAAGAAAAAUUGUAUGAUUCACCAGAGCUAUCAAAUAGAAAAAUUUUAGAAGUUUUUUCUGAUGUGCUAGUAACAAUUGAAAGUGUUUUUGAUUUUUAUUUUACUCUUUAUUUUUAUCAAACUAAUGAUUUAAAUAAUAACAUCUUUUUACAUUUAAAAGAUAAAAUUUGUGUACAUGAGCAUGUAAAGAGAACUAUUAGAAACAAUCAAAAUAAAUCAGAUUAUUUAUUAUAUAACCUAUUUGGUUCUACUCGUUCAUUAUAUUGUUAUUCAGUUAAUAAUAAUUUAUAUGACUUGAAUAAUAAAGAAAAUAAAAUUCAUUUUAUAUGCGAUGAAGAUAAUAUAGAUGAUUACAAAUUAACUGAUCACCUUAGUAUGCUAGAUAAUGAAGACAGGGUUUAUAAAACGAUAUAUAAAUAUACUUUUUCUCAAGUUUUAUCAGAAUUUAACUCCUUUAUUCAUAAAAAUAUUAAAACUCCAUCAGAUAUUUUAAGUAAUAAAAAGAAAGAGAAAUGUAAGUUCAAAAAAUACUUUUCAAGUUCAGAAGAUUCUGAAAAAAAUAUUGCUGUAAAGAAAGACAAUAUAAUAGAUGAUAAUGUUAAAAACUGUGGUAAUGGUAUAUAUAAUGAAUUAACUAAUAAUAGAAUAAAUGAUAAUAGCAAUAAUAAUACAUAUAAAAAUAAAACGAAUGAUAAUAGUAACAAUAUAAAUAAUAAUUAUAACAGUAGCAUAAAUGAAAUAAAUGAAGAUAUUUUUCGUGAUUCAAAUAUUUCUAAAAUAUAUUCCUUAUACAAUAAUAGAUAUGAAGAAAAUAAUAAAUCAGAAAAUGAUAAAACAAAUAAUUUAAAAUCAAGGAAUUCCAAUUAUAAUGAUUAUUAUCUAGAUGACAAAAAUAUUAAUAUGCAUACAAGUUACCCGUAUGAAUCAAAAUAUGUUAUGUGUGAAAGUUUACGAUCAUUGUUAGUAGUAAUUAAAAAAUUUUUUAUUAUGAUUAAUUUAGCAUGUCACACUAGACAAAUGAAAGUAAAAACUAGUCCAAAUUAUAUUUUUUAUAAUGUUAUACAACAAAAACAUAUUUUAUGUAUUAUUAGAUGUUUAACAAAAUGCAUGAUGAAUAUCCCACUAGUUAGUAAACCCAUACAAGAAAAUUCUUGUAUGGAUGUAAAUAAUAUUUACAGUAUAUUAUCAGAUAAUAUAACAGCAGAAAAAAUUAUAUAUUUAAAUAAAGCUAAUGAAAAGAAAAAUAAAAAUAAUAUUAAUAUAUCAAAAAAUAGUUUUAAGAAUCAUGCAAAAAAGAUAUCAAAAAUAAAUCCAAAUAUUACGCAACAAAAUACCAUGAAACAGAAUUAUAAUAAUGAUUCUAUUUUAGGAGAUCAAAAUAUUACAUAUAAUAAUAACAAUAAUGAUUCCAUGAAUAAUGGUGAAUAUAAAAAGGUAGACAAAAAUUACAAUUUAUACGAUUAUUCAUAUACACCAUAUAUGAAUUAUCGUGUUGAAAAAAUUGACAAUUUUUAUCCAGAAAGUUUUUAUAUGGAGGAGAUAUUAUUUAAAAAAUACAAUUUUAACUUUUCUAGUAUUUCUGUUUUACCGAAUAAAAACAUCUUAAACAAUAAGGACACAAGUAAAGGAAUAAAUAUAAAUGAAAAUUCAUCUAACAUUAAUAUAUCAGAAAAUGCUGAUAGCAGCAAUUUUUUUAAUAUGAAUGUUAAUAAUUUAAAUGAUGUUAACGUAAAUUGUUAUAAUGGAAAUGAUUUAAACACAAUAAACAAUAUAAAUUCUGUGAGUAGUUGUUUUAAUAAUAAUUUGAAUAAAUAUAAUAAAAAAUAUAUAUGUGAUAAUACAGGAAAUGUAAAUGGAAUAAGUGACUUGAAUAAAUCAGGAAACUCCAAUAAUAAUAGCAACAACAACAAAACAGAAAGUAGUACUAAAGAAUUGUUAAAUGAAAGGAAAUAUAUAAAUGUUUUAAUUCAUAUAGAAAACUACACUCCAAUAAAAACCAUAAAAUACAUUUCAGAGUUAAUAAAUAUUUUACAUAAGUUACUUUCUGAUAAUAAGUUAGAAUUUAUUAGUUAUUUUUAUUUUUUAGAUUUAUUAUAUAAAGUAGGAACAUUUGAUUUUAUUUUUAAUAUGUUUAAUUAUGUAAUGAGUGUAUAUAUAUCAUUAUUAGCGCUAUAUUAUAAAAAAAAAAAAGAAAAUAAGCAAAAUAUAAAUUUCAAAUAUACUAACUAUAUUCCUAUACAUAUAAGUAAAAAUUACACCUGUACCAAUACCUAUUUUGUUCGUUAUAUUUUAAGAUUAAUGCAGUAUUAUUCUGAUUAUGAUAUAAAUAGCAUAAAAAUUUAUUUACAAAUUACUGUUAAAUCCAUUAAUGCUUUUUUAGAUUUUUUCAUCAGUUUAAUAAAUAUAGGAAAAUUUAAUUUGAUUUUAUUUUGUUCUAAAAUGUUGCAUCCUCUUACAAGGAUUCACAAUAAUUUUGAAAAUAAUAGUGAGAAAAUGAAAGAAAAUAUAAUUAAUAAAGAAAACAACAAAAAUAUUACAGAGAAUACUUUGAAUAAAGAAUUUGAUUAUACUUCAAAUGAGAAUGAAAGAAUAGGAAAUAUAAAUGGCGAUGAAAUUAAUUAUUUAAAAGAUAAAAAAGUAAACAAUGAAGUAAAUAAAAGUACAUAUAAUUUAAACAAUUCUAAAGAUAAUGAGAGUAAUAAUACUAUAAAUAAUGAAAAGAAUAACAUUAAUGAUGUAAAUGUUGAAAAGAAUUAUGAUACAAAUAAUAUAAUUGAUGAUAAUAACAACAAAAAGAAUAUUUCUCAAUUUUCUUCAGACAAAUAUGAAAAAAAUAACAAAGGCAAAAACUUUUCUGAUGAUUGCAAUAAUAAACCUGAAAAAGAAAAAGAAGAAAAACAAAAAAAUAAAAAAAAUACAUUUAGUUAUAACAAUAAUUUUUUAUUUUGCUUAGAUUUCUUUGAUAUUAUUAAUACAAUAAGAUCAGUAAAAUGUGAAAUAUCCAAUAAUGUAUUUAUGUGGUUAACGUAUAUUAACAGUACAAGUGUUAAAAUUAAUAAUUUAGGAAAAAAUAAUAUAUAUAUAAAUUUUAAUAAUAAUAUAAUAUAUACCUUCUUAAAAAUUAUUUUGAAGUUUAUUCAUCAUUCAACCGAAAUAGAACCUAAAAUUUUAGAAUUCUGGAUGAAAGAAAAAUGUAAAGAAAAAAAAAGUAUAGGAAAUAAGGAAAAAGAAAAGGAUGCAUUUAAUUAUCCAAAUGUAAAUAUAAUGGAAGAAUGGGGAUUAAUGGGAUUUGAUGAAAAAACUAUUUAUGAUUGUUUAAAUUAUUCGGGAACGACAGAUUUAGAUUGUACGUUGAAUUAUUUAGAUAAAGCUAAAGAAAAGGAAUUAUUUUUAAAUUUGAACAAAGGAAAAUCUUUAUCCGAAAGGAAAAAAGAAAAUAAAAAGUGUUAUUACUCUGAAUAUGAUGAAUUUAGUAGUGAAGAAAAUUCUAAUAUGAUUAAUAAGAAGACGAGUAAUGAAAUAAGAAGAAAUGAUAAUGUUAACGAAAGUAUAAUUGAAAAUGAUAAUGAAAAAAAGACAGUGGAUAAUAAUAAUAAUAAUAAUAAUAAUAAUAAUAAUAAUAAUUUAAAUGAUAAAGAUCAUUUUUAUAAAGACGAUAAAGAUGUUCUAGAAAAAUUUCCAUUUAUGUAUGAAAUUCUUAAAGAAGCAAAAGCAAAAUCAACACAUGCAAGAAUUUAUUAUUAUGAAACUAUAAUGGAUCCCAAUAGCAAAAGAAAUAUGAUUUUUUAUUUACAGUAUUAUUUAAAACUAUUAAAAACAAAUUUAUUUCGUACAUAUGAAGAGAAUAAUACUAUAAAAGAAUUCUGGGAUGAAGAAAAAUAUCUUUUAUUAAAACAAUACAUUUAUAAAUAUAUUUUCAAUAUGCUUAUAAAUAUAAUGAUUACUAUCCCAUAUUAUGAAUUGUCCUUUAUGAAUUUAUAUUUGAGUUUUCUUGUUAUUGAUAUAGAUAAAAAAACUGUAAAAUUGUUUUUAGAUCAAUAUAAAAAAACAAUACACGAUAAAAAUAGUAAUAAAAGUAGAAUAUUUAAUCAUCAAGAUGUAAAAAUUAUUAUUUUAUAUUAUUUUAUUGAAAACAUAUCAAAAAAAAUUAAGACUUUAAAAAAUGACGAAAAUUUUCCUAUUGAACCUUUUUAUCAUUGUUAUCAUAUAUUUAUGCACUUUAAUAAAAGGAAAAAUAAAAGCACAAAAAAUGAAAACACUUAUACAAAACUAGAAACAAAAAACAAAAAUAUAAAUAAAAAUAAAUCAUUGGAAAGUAGGAAUAUUGAAAAUGUUUGUAAUAAUCACACUUCAUCUUCAAAUAAUGUUACAAAUACAACUACAAACAACAAUAAUAAUACGAAUAAUAGUAAUAAUAAUAAUUUCAUACAUAUGGAAAAUGAAGCAGUAAAUAGUAGAACAAAUAAUGACACUAAUAAUCCAAGUAACACUAUUAACAACAAUAAUACAAAUAAUAUGAACAAUAGCAAUAAUCAAGAUAGAAGAAAUAAUAUGAUAAAUGAUCUAUUAGUUGAUUAUCAACUAAAUAAUUAUGAUACUAGUAAUCAUAGUGAUGAUAAUACUACAGUGUUUUAUCAAGGUAGUGAUAUUGUUGAUGAAAAAAAUUCAAUUAAAAAUAAAAAAUUAAAUAAAGAAAUGAACAAUGAUCAAGAGAUAGGUAAUGAAUUAAAUGAUGAUAAAGAAUCUUUAUAUGGUACAAAAUAUAUUAAAGGUGAUAUGGAUGUAAUAUAUGAAUCACAAAAAGAUAUGGAAAUUUAUUCAUAUCAUUUCUGUUUAUAUAUGUUAUUUUUUACCUUAUAUAAUAUUAUUCAUAAAUAUAGCAUAGCAAAAAAUUUAAUUCUUCAUAUAGAUAGAAAUAUUCUCGAUUAUUGCAUUUUUUUUAUACAAAAAUUUAAUAUUACUUACUUAAAAGAGGUAGAAAAUAAUGUUAAUUAUUAUUUAACACAAGAAAAAAGUAAAAAUGUUUCCAAUGGAAAUCAAAAGAAAAAUGAAGGUCUAUUAGAUACACAUGGAGGAUGUUAUAGUAAUAGCAACAUUAAAACUCGUGUAAAUGAUAAUGACUCUUUAAAAAGAAACCAGGAAAAAAAUAAAAGAAAAAGGAAAUAUAACAAAAUAUUGCCAUCAAGUAAGACAAAUUCCAAUAAUCCUGAACAGUUUGAUAUAAAUUCGGAAAAUUUUGAAAAUUUUUUUCCACAUGCAAAUGAACAGAAUUUAAAUAUCAUGAAGGAAGAUACUCAUUUGGAAAAUGAAAGUAUUCAAAAUUAUAAUACUCAUAAUAUUGUAACACAAAACAAUGAUGAUCAAAGUUGUAGUAAUAACGACAAUAAUAACUUAAGUAAUAUAAAUAACAUAAUAAAUACAGAUAAUAUAAAUAACAAAAAUUUAGAAAAUAAUUUAAAGCAUGAUUUACUAAAUAAUACAAAUAAAAAAAGAAAAACUAACAUAAUAUAUAAUAAGGGUUUAGUAAUUAAUAAAAGUAUCGAAACUCAUAAUUUACUUAUUCCAUAUUGGAAUUUGGCUGAUAUAGAUAAUUCAGAAAAUGUACAAAAAACAACAAAUAAUUUAUAUAUAGAAAAUGAUGAGAAUAAAUAUAUUGCUCUUUACUCGAAACCACCCUGUUUUUAUGCACCAUUAUUUAUGUGUUUACAUAAAAUUAUUAUUAACUAUUCUUUAUAUAAUUUUAAUGAUAAAAAUAAAAAAAUAAUAAAAAAACAAAAAGAGGAAAAGAUAACCGAAGAAAAAAAUACAAAUUUUUCAAAAAUAGAAAAAAAUAGCAUAUCAAAUAAAAUUAAUAUUAAUAAAAUGGAAAAAUGCUAUAAUCAAAAUGAUAAAAAAAAUGUCACCAAUCAAAACUUUUAUGAAACAUCUAUUGAAAAUAUAAGAUAUAUGUCAUCAGAAAAACAACAUAAUAUAAUAAAAAUAUGCAUUGACACCUUAUAUUAUUUUAAAGGUUAUAAUUCUCAUUUAUGUUUAAGUAUUUUACAAAUUAUUGAAUAUUUAACAACCACAUAUAAUAAUGUUAUAUUUUUUAUAUCUUAUUCUCCCCCAAAUAUAUAUAAAAAUUUUAAAAAGCUGUUUCAAAUAGAAGAGAAAAAAAAAAAUAAUCAAAAAUUUAUAGAAAAUAAAAAUUAUUCUUCAAAAUGUGAUAAAUUAUUUAUAAAAGAGAAUAUUGUAAAUUUCAACCCAUGCAAAAAUAAUAUUAAUGAAAAAAUAAAUAAUGAUGAAAAUGAUCAUAAUAAUGUUGAUGAUAUAAAUAGUAUGAAAGAUACAAGUACCUUUACUAACUAUAUUGAUGGAAGAAAUAAAGAACGUUCAAAUUGUUCAGAACCCAGAUUAUCAUAUUUUGAUUUAAAUGACUUAAUACUAAAUAAUAUGAGUAGAAAUAGUUUAGGUAUUCUUUUAACUAUAUCUAAACAAGCAAAAUUUAAAGAUAUGCUGAUAAUAAUUAUAAAUAUAUUAAUUCAAUGUUUCACAGAUAAUUAUGUGAUUGCUAAUAGAAUUGAGUACAGUAUAAAAACUUAUUUUCAAUAUCAUGGUAUUCCUGUCAAAUGUUUUAUGAGAAAAGAUGAUUUAAAAUCGAUUGAAAAUAAAAAUUUUUCAAAUGCAUUAGGUGUGUCAUUAAACGAUUUAAAUGAAGCACUUUACCCAUUUAUUUUUAAAAAUCCACAAAUUUAUGAAGACGUUUUAAGUUGCUUGUGUUUUUUUCCAAACUUAAAAUAUGUUAAAAAGAAUAAAGAUGAUUUAGAAAGUUUAAAUAUUAAUUCAAAUAUGUUUAAUAUGCAAAAAAGUAAAAAUUCAAAUGAUUUUAAAUCAUCAUUAAAUACCGAGAAAACUGAAAUGAAUGACGAAGUAAACAUAGAGCAGAAAGAAAGUAUGAACAUAAACAAAGUGAAUAAUAACAAUAGUAUUUUGAAAAUUAUAAAAACAGAAAAACAAAAAAAAAAUAAAGAAAAUGAGAAUAAUCAUAAUAACACAAUAAAAAUUACAUUAAAUGGAGAAACAGGCAAGCAAUUUGAUGUAUCAAACACAAAUAAAAAUAAUUCUAUAUUUCAUUUAAAUAAAAAAAAAAUAAAAUCUCUGAAAGAUAUAAAUGAAAAUAAUAACAAUAGUAUUAUUAUUAAUAAACAGAAUAAAUAUUACUUAAAUUUCUUACCAUUACCAGAAAAUAUAAAAUCUAUAUAUAUGCUAUCUGAAACAGCAAAUAGUACAAAAUAUUUAAAAAAAUAUCAAAUUAAAAAUAAUUUUUAUAAUUUCUAUAUAUUGGCGAUCUUGUUUGAUUUUUUAAAUUUGUUUACUAUUAUUCAGAGCAAAACAAGAUUAAUUAAACUAAAUGAAAAAGAAGAAAGGAUUAAAUUUAAUAAAAAAUUAAUGGAAAUAUAUGGAAAUGAUGCAGAUUUUGAAAAUGAUUUAGAAUAUAAAGUUAUGUAUCCUUUUGCUUUAACUGCUGAUAAUAUGUUAUUUAUUGUUAAUUUGAUUUUAAAAACAUUUAAGCAUUUAAUUGUAUAUCUAAUUAAAAUUCCUUCAUCUUUUAAUCAUAAAAUUAUAAAAACAUUUUUUCAAAAGGAUUAUGAUAUACAUAAUUUUAAAGGUGAAAUGUUAUAUAAUGAUAAUUUUUUUUCAUGCCAUAUGGAUAAUAUAAAUAAGGAAAAUAAGGUAAGUAAUAAUUUCUUUCUUUCUAAUAAUAAUGUACCUAGCAAAAAUAAAAAUAUUAAUGAAAUUGUUUGGAACCAUAACAUAUCUAAUAAUAAUAAUAAUAAUAAUCCAAUCAAUAGUAACAAUGAUGAUUUAAAUGUUUUUUUUUCAAAAAAUGAAGAUAUAUUGAAAAAUUCAUCAAAUGAAAACAAAACAUCUCAAAACAAUACACAAGUAUCAAGUAUUAUAAAUAGGUUAAUAAGAAAUGAUUCUUUAAAUACUCAUAAUUAUAAGCAAAUUUCGGAAUAUUAUUUACAAAAUUAUAUGGAUUACUAUCCACUUUUUAAUUUAUCGAAUUUUACUUUUAGAAGUUGUUUAUUCCCAUUUAUAUAUGAAAAGAAAUAUAUAACAGAUAUUCAUAAUAUGGAUUUAAUAAACUAUGUAUCCAACAUUAAUAAUUCAAAUAACAUAGUUUUUACUCCCUUUUUAAUCUUUUUAUUUAAAAGAAUAUUACCACAAUUUAUUUGUCUUAGUCAUCCAUUAUUAUAUAGCUCAUUCACAAAGAAAAAUAUGAAAAAAAACUUUAAAAAUAUUGAUAAUUAUAAUUCUUCGUUAAGUAAUUCUGAAUCAAAAAAUUUUAUAUAUGUUAAGCAUAUUCUUAACUUUAUUCAAUUAAUUUUUGAUAUACAUAAUUCUAGUUACUAUGUGCACAAAAAAGUUGUAUUAGAAAUAAUUCAUUUAUUAAAAAUUUACUCAAGUUUUCAAAAAAAAAAAGAUUCCAUUAACAAAAAUGAGAAAAACUUGGAAAAUGUAUUUUCUAAUGUAAUAGAUGUUUUUUCGUAUGCAGUUAGUUCAUUGUUGUAUAAAUUAGUUAAUGAACAAAAUAUUGAAGUUGAAAAAAAUUGCAUACUUGAAGAAAAGCAAAUAUUAAAUACCUCAAAAAAUAUCUCUAAGGAUAUAGGUUCUAAUAAAAAAGGGGAAAACAAUUCAGAGGAAAAUACACAAAAUAAUAAGAAUAUUAAAUAUAAUAAUAAUAGUGAUAGCAAUAAUAAUAAUGAUGAUAACAAUAAUAAUAAUAAUAAUGAUGAUAAUGAUAAUGAUAAUAAUAAUAAUGAUCAAAAUAAUAAUAAUGAUGAUAAUAAUAAUAAUAAUAAUAACAACAAUAAUAAUAAUAACAACAAUAAUAAUAAUAACAACAAUAAUAAUAACAACAAUAAUAAUAAUAAUAAUAAUAACAAUAAUAAUAAUAACAAUAGUAAUAAUAAUAACAAUAAUAAUAAUAAUAACAAUAAUAAUAAUAAUAACAAUAGUAAUAAUAAUAACAAUAAUAAUAAUAAUAACAAUAAUAAUAAUAAUAAUAACAAUAAUAAUAAUAAUAACAAUAAUAAUAAUAAUAAUAAUAAUGAUCAAAAUAAUAAUAAUAAUGAUGAUAAUGAUAAUAAUGAUGAUAAUGAUGAUAAUAAUAAUAAUGACGAUGAUGACGAUAAUAUUAUAAAUAGUAAUGAUAAAAAUAAUAUAAAGGAUUAUAACAAUAGUAGUAGUAAUAAUAAGGAUAAUGAUAUUAAUGAUGACGAAGAAAAGGGAGAAAAAAAAGAUGAAAAUAACAAAACAUUUUUAUAUAGUAGAGAACAUUUAAUCUUAUUUCGCCAUUCUUUAUGUAAUUUGUUAAACAAGUUAGAUUAUACAAAAGAAGACUUUGCUAAUGUAGCUACCUCCAUCAUUAGAUGUUUAUCGGUUUUAACAUCAGCACCAAUUUUAGGAUACCCUAUAAAGACAAAGAAUAACAAAUUAUGUAUGAUGAGAUUAAAUAAAUUAAAUGAAAAAAAGAAUAAAAAAAUUAGAAAAAUAAAAAGAAAUAAAAGAAGAAAAAAUAUUUCAUAUGUCACCUUUUUAAAUCCAUCCUAUGUUCGUUUUAGAUCGGAUUCAAGUAAUAAUAAUUCUGAAUGCUCAGAUAUCCCUUAUUCUGUUGAUUCAGUUAUAUCAUACGAAGAGCAUUUUAUCUUUAAUAAUGAUGAUACUGAUGAUGAUGAUGAUGAUGAUGAUAUUCGUUAUGAGUAUGAAGAAGAAAUGGACGAUGAUUAUAUGGAUGAAGAUGAAAAUGAGGAGAUAUUUAACGAGCAAGAUUAUUAUGAACAAAGGAAUAGCAAUUUAAAUGAAGACCUAAAUGCUGAACAAAAUAACGAAAGUUCCCAUAUUGGUGGUAAUAAUGAAAUAGAAACAAAUGAUCAUGAUGAAGAGGAAGAGGAGGAGGAGGAAGAAGAAGAAGAAAUUGAUGAAGAAGAAAUUGAUGAAGAAGAAGAGGAAGAGGAAGAAGAAGAAGAGGAAGAAGAAGAAGAAGAAAUUGAUGAAGACGGAGAAGAUGAAGUGGAAGAAGAUGAAAUAGAUGAAGAGGAUGAAAUAGAUGAAGAUGAUGAGGAUAUAGAAGAUGAGGAUAUUGAAGAUGAAGAUAUUGAAGAUGACUUAGAUGAAGAUGAAGAAGCACUAGAUGAAGAAGAAUAUGAUGAAAUUGAAAUAGAUGAAGAUAAUACAAGAGAAAGAAAUAGCAAUGAGAAUGAUAAUAAUAGAGGUUUACAUGUUCAUGCAUAUUUAGUACAGGACAGAAAUGUAAUAGAUGAAGAUCAAAUAUAUGAUAAUUCAAAUAAUUUAUUAUUACCACAUGAAGUUGAUGAAAAUGAAGAAAAUUUAUCAAAUGUAGGUGAUAAUAAUAACAACAUAGUUUCUCGAUUAGAUUUAGGAUCAGAUAGUAGUAAUGACUUGGAUGUGCAAAGUACUCAUAGGAUUAGAGAAAUGGAUGAAACGGAAGACUACGAUGAUGAUGAUGAUGACGAAGAUGAUGAUGAAGAUGAAGAUGAUGAUGAAGAUGAAGAUGAUGAAGAUGAUGAUGAAGAUGAAGAUGAAGAUGAAGAAGAGGAAGAAGAAGAAGAAGAAGAAGAAAUUGAUGGAAACAAUAGCUGUUUUAGUAUUAAUCAGAAUAAUGAUAAUGGAAGAACAAAUAAUAAUAACGAAGAUUUAAUGGAUACCGAAAUUAAUAUUAACAAUUCUUUAUUAAAUUGUAAUGAAAAUCAGCAUGAAAUUUUAGAUACUCUACAAGAAGAAGAUGGUGUUUAUAAUAUUAAUGACGAUUUAGAUGAAUAUAAUGAUGAUUAUAUAGAUGAUUGUGAAAAUAGUAAUAGAAAUAAUAUCAAUUUCAAUAAUGACAAUAAUGAAGUAGAAAAUGUAAAUAAUGAUGAUAUAUUAAAUGGAAUUAAUGAUACAAAUUUAUUAAUUAAUAAUAAUAUAGAAGAAAAUAAUAAAACUAAUAAUGAAGGUGGUAAUAAUUUUUUUACUAGCGAAAAUAAUGCAACUGAGGAUAAUUUAAAUAGCAGUGUUAAUGAUAAUAUUAUGCAUACCAAAAACAUCCCUCUUUUAAAUUCUUCAUCAAACAUUGAGAAAAAUAUAAAUAGUACUGAUAAUUCAAAUAUUAUGAUUAAUUCUGAAACAUUAACACAAAACAACAUUAUUAAUAAUAAUUUAACAAAUAAUUUAAAUAAUUUUAAUGAAAAUAAUAUUAGAAAAAAUGACUUAUAUAAUAAUGAUGAUGAUAAUAAUAAUAAUAAUAAUAAUAUUUUUAAUAAUAUAAAUAAUAAUAAUGAUUUAAUUCAAAAUAAUAACAUUAACAAUAUAAUUGAUGAACAAACUUGUACUUCAAAUAAUGAACAAAAAAGUAAAACAAUUGAAAAUAAUUUUUUAAAUAAAACUAACAAAAAGGAAAAUGGCAAAGAGGAUAGUAAAAUGAUUGAAGAAAAUUUCAAGAUUAAUAAAGAAAGUAGCUAUCAAAAAAAUAAAGAAAUUGAUUUACAUAAUGAAAACACAAUUAAUAAAAAUAUAUGUGUAAAUGAUAACAAUGAGGAAAAUAUAAAAAAUAUAACUAACAUUGAAGAUGUUGGAAAUAAUGAAAAUAUAUCAAUAAGUAAUAGAAUUAAUUCUUCACAAAGAUUAUUAGAUCUUGCAAAUAUAAAUGAAAAUGAUAUUGGUUUAAUUGAUUUAUAUUAUCACUUUUAUAGUUCUUAUAACGGAAAUGCAGAUUCUUUAAUUAACGAAAAUAAUAGUUUAUUAUAUUUAAAUGAGGCAGCAAGAAUUAAUACAGAGUCUACAAAAAAAGAAAACAAUCUUUUGAGUAACAAUAAUGUAGAAAAAACGAAUGAUGAAAAUAUAAAUAGUGAAAAUGUAAUAGAACAAAGAUUAAUAGAAAAUAAUAAUAGCAAUAAUAAUAACUCAAGGGAAGUAAAUAAUAUACCAACUAAUUCUAAUAUACUGACAUUAAUGAAUCAAUUUUGUUCUAAUUUAUUAACCAAUGAUAGGGGAAGAAAUGAAAACAGAAACAAUAAUAUUGAAUUAACAAAUGUAUCUGAUUCAGUGAGAAAUAAUAAUAUUCCAAAUAAUAGCAAUGAUUUUAAUAUAAAUGAAAAUGCAACUAAUGAAAAUGAUCCGUAUGACAAUGCUGUGAACGAAAAUAAUUGUACUUUUUAUCAUAUUAAUUUUGAUAGAAUAAAUAAUAUUCCCAUGCAACCUAUUUCUAAUAAUUCUUCUAACUCUAGAGCUAACAUUGUAAACAUGAACGUUAAUCAUCCAAAUGUUAAUCUAAGAAAUUUAUAUAAUAAUAUUAGAAAUUAUAAUAUAAGUGAAAAUAAUACUAGCACUAAUAGAAAUUCAUAUUUUCCGUCAUAUAUUAUAAGGAGUAAUAUAAAUGAAACAACUAGAGAUGGAACAUGUUCUAAUAACAAUAAUAACAACAGUGAAGAAGUAAAUAAUGAAAAUAGCUAUUCUUAUUUAAAUGAAAUUCAAAAUAUUACUAAUAAUUCUAGCUGUAACUCACAUAAUCGUAAUAAUAAUAAUAAUAAUGAUAGAAAUAUAUCUGAUUUGAAUGCGGAUACGAAUAAUGUAAAGAAUAAAAAUGUAAAGAAUGAAAAAAAAGAAAAUUUAAAUAAAAAAGAUUCAAAGAAUGAAGAAAAAUUCAUUUUGGUUGAUACAGUAUUGGAUAAUGAUAAAAAAUUAAAAAGUAGUAUUUGCAAUAUGAUGUAUAGCAAAUUAUGUAAAACUAUUCCUAAAGUUCACAUAAAUCUACCAAUUGAAAACUUGAUUGAAGAAAAAAAUAAAAUAAUCCAAAAUAUGCGAAAACAAAUAAAAGAAAAAGAAAAAAAUGAAAAUGAAAAACAUGAAGAAAACAAAAAGAUUAAUGAAAAUGAAAAUUUAUCAGAAAUUGCUAAAAAUGAAGACAAAUUAACCAAUGACAAUUUAGAAGACAAUAAAAAAGAUGAUGAUUCAAAACACAAAACUAAAUUAACUGAUGAAAUUGUUAUAAACGAAAAUAAUUCCAUUAAUAUUACAAAUAUGAAACCUCAAUCGCAAAAUGAUGAAAUUGAAAAUGUGCAAACAGACGUAAAUAAUAAUCAAAAUAAUAAUUUGCAAGAAAACUUAAAUGAAGCCAAUUUAUGUGAAGAAAAUAUUGAUGAAAAUAAUGUGAACAAUAAUGAACAAAAUAUAGAAAACGAAGAUUAUAAAAAUAUAAAUUAUGAAGAACUGUUUGAUAAUGUUCUUAAAAAUGAAUCUCUUCUUAUAAUAUGUUGUUCAUUGGGAAUUAAUGAAAAUCAAUUUUUACAACUUCUAAAUGUCGAUAGAUCUUUUCUCAUUGAACUACCAAAUAAUUUAAUAGACGAAAUUAUAAUUCAACAUUUAAAGAAUAUUACAUUAGUAGCUGUAAAUGAAAAGGCACAAGAAAAUAUAAAAAAUAAGAAAAACAUAUCUAUUGAAAUGUAUAAAAAUUAUCUAAAAUUUAAAGAAUUUAAAAAAAUACAACAAAAUGUGUCAAAUGAAUACAGUAAUGAAUUAAAUACGAACAUAGAAACAAUUCUAACUAAUAAUACAAACAAUAUCUUACCCGAAAAUUUAGACAAUAAUCGACAUAACAUAAACUCUACUGAAGACAUUAUUUAUGUUGAAAAUACUGCUAAUGAAGAAGGAAACUUAAAUAUAGAAUAUAAUGCAAAUAUAGAAAAUAAUAUGAAUACUACAGAAAUAGUUAAUAAUGAAAAUGUAAAUGUAGAAAACAUAACAAACAAUGAAAAUAUUAGUAAUGUUGAAAAUAUUGCUAAUAUUGAAAAUAUAACAAAUAAUGAAAAUAUAUCAAAUAAUGAAAACAUAACAAAUAAUGAAAAUAGUACAAAUAAUGAAAAUAUAACAAAUAAUGAAAAUAUAACAAAUAAUGAAAAUAUAACAAAUAAUGAAAAUAUAACAAAUAAUGAAAACAUAACAAAUAAUGAAAAUAGUACAAAUCUAGAUGAAAAGGAAAAAAAUCUUCAUAUUUAUAAUAGUAUAAAAAAAAGUUACUUAGAAGCAUUACCAUCUAGUGUAAGAUCUGAAGUUAAAAAAAGAAUUAUAGGGAACAAAAAUCAAAGAAAUGAAUUACAAGAUGAAACAAAUAUCUCUUUCAUAGAUUCUUUAACACCUGAAUUAAGAAGGGAUGUAUUAUCUACCGCAAGUAUAAGAUUUAUAAGAACACUGACUGAAGAAAUGAUAGAAGAAGCAAGGAAUUUAAGAUUAGUAAUUUUGAAUAGUCGUUCUAAUAAUUUAAAUAUAAGUAAUAGGAAUAGACAAAAUAAUACAAAUAAUGAUAUCAUAAAUUCAAGUAGUAGUGUGAGAAAUAAUAAUAAUAAUAAUAAUAAUAACACCACACCAAGUACUAAUUUAAACACAGAUAAUUCAAAUAUUGCUAGUAGAAUAAAUAAUAUAAGAAAUGAUAUCCAAGAGAGAAUUACAAAUAAUGUUUUACGAAAUGCUUCAAACAAUUUAAGUAAUAAUAAUAAUAUAAAUAAUAAUGAUAUUAAUAAUAAUGUUACAAUAAAUAAUAAUAAUAAUAGAAACCCAAGAAAUAGUAGAACAUUAAGUACAACCAAUAGAAAUAAUAUUAAUAGUAGACGUCGUUUGAAUAUUCCUUUAAGAAAUACUCUUAAUAAUAUGCAACGAAAUAAUUUUAUUAGAAUAACUUAUAAUGAAAAUAAUAAUCCAAUUAUAAUGAUAAAUACAGGUCAUGAAAAUUAUGAUAGUCUUACCGUCUCUCGUUUUCUUGAUCAUUUUUUAGGUAGCAGAUCAGUUAGUACAACUAAUCCAAAUUUACAUUUAGAUGAUAGUAAUAAUUCUAAUAAUACUACUAACAACAAUCUUAAUAAUAAUAAUAGUAACAACAAUAACAAUAAUAAUGAAUCAAGAUUGUAUUUUAAUAAUGAAAAUAGAAAUAGUAGUAACAUUGAUCAUAAUUACCAUGUAAUGAAUGAUGAAAAAUCUUUAGAGAAAGAAGAAGAUAUAUCAUUAAGUAAGUAUUUAAAAAAUUUAUUUCCAUCUAUGAAUAAAUUAGAUUCGGAUACUUCUAAAAUUGCAUCUCUGUAUGUAUGCUUAGAAGAAGCUGUAUCUUCUCAGGCUUUAAUUGAUAUAUGUAGGUUAUUAUUUUUGAAAAAAGAAAUAAAUAAAAAAAUAAUGUUUACAUUAUUUUGUAAUUUAAUUUGUUCCUAUCAGAAAACCAAAUUUUAUACACUUCAGUUAUUUAUGAAUAUUUUAUGGUCAGCAUCUGUUGAUUUACAUGGAAAAAAGAAUAACCCUUCUUUUAUUGCAUUAAACGCUAUAAAUUUUCCACCUAAAAUGUUAUAUCAUAAUGUUAAUAAAAAAAAUUAUGGUUUGUUUUCAGAUAAUUAUAUAACAACAGCAUCAGUAUCAGCAGAGAGAGUUUUAGAACAAGUGCAAUCAUUACUAAUUACUAUUCCACAUAUUACUACUUUUUUUUCAACUUUAUUAAUUCAUCCGUCUUACUUUAUACCUAAAGAUAUUGAACAAAAAUUAAAAAGAAAAAAAGAAAAAAAUGAAGAGAAAAAAAACAUCAAUAAAACAAAAGAAGAGAAAGAAGAAAAAUUAAGAAAUGAAGAGAGAGAAAAGGAGGAGGAAGAAAAUGAAAAAGAAUUAGAAGAAAAAUAUAACGAUGAUGAAGCAGUUAUUUUACAAUAUGAGUUAAAAAGAAAAAGAUUGAAAAUGGAUCAAAAAUCUAUUUUUCAUUUGCAUAAUAAAAAUUUUGACAAAAAAGUGGAUAAAACAAAGAAUGAAUAUCCUAUAAAUAUAUUAUUCAAGUUACUAAAUUCUUCAUUAUAUUUAACAUCUAAAAAAUUAAUGAGUCAUUUGUUAUCUGUUAUAUACAAUCUUUUAAUUAACUGUGGAAAAAAAAUUCAUAACUAUGCAAAUUUCACCAGAUGGGUAUAUGCUGAAAACUUAAAAGAAAUUUUAAAUGAUGAAAAUAUAUACAAAGAUGAUGAUAUGAGAAAUGAGGAUGAUAUCAAUAGCAUAUCAUUAUUAAAUAGCAGUUCUGUUGAACAGAGUUCAUCCAUUAAUAAAGAAAAUGGUGGCAAAAAUAAAGAUAAGAAACAAAAAUAUAAAUUGAAAGAAUUUAAUCAUACAUCAAAAAUUAAUAGAGAUUUAUUAUUAAAUAUAAGAAACUUAAAAUAUAAUGAAACAGAAAAAAAUGAUUCAACUUCAAAACCAUAUUAUUUAUUGGAAGUUAUAUCAAUGGAUGCUUUAAGCAAUUUAAGUAAACUUAUAUGUAAUUAUAAAACAAAUUUUUUAUGGAUAAAUAGUAAUAAUAAUAAUAGUAAUAAUGCAAAUAAUAACAAUUUAGAACAAGUUCAUAAACAAGAUAUUUCUUCACUUACACAAAUAAUGGUGAUGUUUUUUUCACAUUAUAAAUUAAAAGAAUUAAUUAUUCAAACCUUAAAAUAUCAUACUCACGUAUUAAUAAAGAGAAUAAUUUAUGAUUUAAGAAAAAUUGUUCAUUCAAUCCAUAGUAAGACUUUUAAUGUUUAUUCUGUUGAUCAUUCAGAUAGUUUAGAACAAAAACUAAUAGCGUUCUAUAGAGUAAUUACCAUUUUAUUUAAUGCACCUUCUCUAAUAGAAAAUUUAACAAAUAAAUUUGAGUUAACCAAAAAUGGAAUAUCAGAAGAAGUUAAUAAUUUGAAGAACACAGAUGCAGAUGCAGAUGUAGAUGUUGAGACUAGUGUUUUAUUAAAUGAUAAUAUAGAUAAUGAUAAUAAUAAAAAUAAUGAUAUAAAUAAUAAUAACAUAAGUAAUGAGGUCAAUGAUACAUGUAAAGAAAAUGUGAAUAAAGAAAAAAAUAACAUUAAUAAUAAAAAUGAUGUAUCUAAUAAAGAUAAAGGCAUUUCAAACUGUAAUAAUGAAAAAAAGAGCAAAAAAGUAAAUGAAGAAACAAAAUUUGAUAUAUGCGCUAGUUUUUUUCUCUCCAUUAAUAUUGAUUGUUUAUGGGAAGAAUUUAAUAAAACAAUGCAAGUUAUAAAUAACUCUUUAAUUGAUAAAAAUUACAAAUUUAAAUGUAACAACAAAAGAAAUGGAAUUAUAAGUAUCGCAAAAAAUGAUAAAGAAAAUGAUUUAGGAAAUGAAAUUUCACAAAAUUGUAUUAAUAAUAUAUAUUCAGGAAAACCAAAUGUUUCUCUUUUUGAUUCAGGAUCCUCAUCACAUGAUCCCUCAGAUUCUGAUUGUCAUCUAAGUAAUAAUAUACAAAGUAAUAUGCAAAUAAAUAUGAGAAAUAAUACAGAAAAUAGACAUGAUAGUAAUAAUAAUGAAGAAAAAAAAAAAGAAAAUGAUGACGAGCCGCCUCCAACUAUUUUAAAUUAUUUAUUGCCUUUAAUGGAAGCUUAUCUAUUUAUAGAAGAAGUUAUUUUAGUUUCGCAGUAUAAAUUAAAAAAAUUCAAAGAUUUAGAAAAAAAAGUAGCAAAUUUAAAUAUUGAAAGUAUAAAAAUUAACGAAAAAUUGGCAUAUGAUGAUAGUCCCUUUUAUAUAAAUAUAUAUGAUAAAAAAAAAAAACGUUAUACUAAUGAAAUAUACGAUUCAAUUAAAAACAAAGUUUUAAAAACAAGUAAUUAUACAUAUUUAAAUAAAAUAAAAAGGAAAAAAGAAGCAAACUUAGUAGGAGAUGAAGAAGAAGAUCAGCAAUAUAAAAAGAAAGAAAUUGGUAGUGACCAAUUAAAAAUAGAGAAGGAAAAUGAUAUAAAAGAAUCUGAAAAAAAUAAAAAUGAAGAUACAAACAAAAAAGAUAAAUUUUUAACAGAAAAAGGAACCUUUUUUAAUAAUGUAGAAAAAUACUUUAUUAAUAAAUUUAAAAAGAAAAAAACCAACGAUGAAAACAAUAAUAAUGAAGAAGAAAUAAAUAAAAAUAAAAGAGAAGAAAUGGGUUAUUUUGAGGAUGAUACGAGAAAAGAAAAUAGAAAUAUAAAAAAAUCUCCAGAUUUUGAAAAAUUUUACGAUGCAAAUGAGACUAUUAAAGAAAUAAUUAAUGAUAAAUGUAAAACAUAUAAUGAUUUAAAUAUCAAUUAUCUAGAGGAAAAUGCAAAAAUAAAUAAAGACUUUUAUCACAUGGAGGAAUAUGAAGAUGCAAAAGAAAAAGAAGAAGAAGAAGAUGAAUAUAUACAAAUAAAAUUAGAAGACAAUGAAGGAACAAUAAAUAGUAGACAUAAAAAGUUAAUAAAAUUUGUUUAUAUAAAUAGAAGAGUUAUUAAUAGUUUGAUAAAGCAAACUCCAAUAUUACUACAUCAUAAUUUUAAAUCAUUGAUAAAAUUAACAUCUUCUUGUAUUAAUUUUGAAAAUAAAAGGCACUAUUUGAGGAAAAAAUUAAAAUAUUUAAAAUCAGGAAUAAGAAGUGAGCCAAUACGAUUAAAUAUAAGAAGAGAAAAAGUUUUUACAGAUUCCUAUUACCAAUUAAGGAAUAAAUCAGGUAAUGACUUAAAAGGAAAACUAAUAGUAACUUUUAAAAAUGAAGAAGGAGUAGAUGCAGGUGGAUUAACUAGAGAAUGGUAUUCUAUUUUAGCUAAAGAAAUUUUUAAUCCAAAUUAUGCUUUAUUUUGUAGAGAAGGAAAAAAAAGUGAAUUUAAUCAUCCAAAUCCCUUAUCAUAUAUUAAUCCUGAUCAUUUACAUUUUUUUAAAUUUGUUGGAAAAUUUAUCGCAAAAGCAAUAUAUGAUGGACAAGUAAUAGAUGCAUAUUUUUGUAGAUCAUUUUAUAAACAUAUGUUAGGAAGGAAAAUUUUGCCUGCAGAUGCAGAAUCUGUAGAUCCUGAAUUUUAUAACAGUUUAAUUAAAAUAUCAGAAUAUAAAUUAGAAGAUUUGAAUUUAGAAAUAAACUUUAGUACAGAAAUUGAUGAAUUUGGAAAAACAAAAAUUAUUGAUUUAAUCCCAAAUGGUAGAAACAUCCCUGUAACUGAUGAAAAUAAACAUAAAUAUAUUGAAUUAUUAUGUGAAUUAAAAGUCACUAAUAGUAUAAAGGAACAAUUAGAAGCAUUUAUGGAUGGCUUUAAAGAAUUAAUUCAACCAAAAUUAAUAUCAAUUUUUGACGACAAAGAACUGGAACUACUUAUAAGUGGUAUACCAACAAUAGAUCUGAAUGAUUUAAAAGAAAAUGUAGAAUAUCAUAAUUAUACACCCAAUUCUAUUCAAAUAAUUUGGCUAUGGGAGGUUUUACAAGAAUUUGAUGAAAAUAAAAAAGCAUCAUUUUUACAGUUUGUUACUGGUACAAGUAGAGUACCUUUAGGUGGAUUUAAAAAUUUAAUGGGAAUGAGAGGAGCUCAAAAAAUGAUCAUUUAUAGAGCUUAUGGAGAAGAUAGACUACCAACUGCUCACACCUGUUUUAACCAACUUGAUUUACCUGAAUAUUCAUCAAAAGAAUUGUUAAGAAGUAAACUAAUUAGAGCUAUUAUGGAAGGAAAAGAAGGAUUUGGUUUUAUAUAA